UUGGUAUCCAGGGCAACGACGGCAGCAGCCUGAACGUCCUUGCAGUGGGGAAGAGGCUGGGUGUGUUUUUCCUCCUGGUGAUAUGUGUGUUUAGGGAGCAUUUUCCACGAUGGAUCUGUCGCUGACGCUCAGAAAAGGUUUAGAGGACUUUUCCCGGAAUGUGUUAUUUGACCAGAGUCGGACUCAGCCUUUCCCAAAUGAGAAUGACACGUUUUUACCACACGACAAGCGGGUUCUGUCUAGUCUCCACCUCCAGAUGUCUCUGUACUUUAACAUGUGGUUCUUCCCCGUGUGGUGGAUCAGUGAAACUGUAAUGCUGCACCUCAAGUAUCCUGUCUUGCCAGACUACUACAAGUUCAUCCUCGUCACCGUUCUCAUCCUGAUGACUCUGAUCGAGGCCAUUAGACUCUUUCUGGGAUAUGCUGGGAACCUGCAAGAAAAGGUCCCAGAGUUGGCUGGAUUUUGGCUGCUGAGCAUCCUGCUGCAGUUUCCACUCAUCCUGUUUCUGCUCUUUAACGAAGCCAUUCUCAUACAACCCCUGGAGAGAGGUGUUCACAUAGUCCUCGCCACAUUCAUACUCACACAGGCCCUCUCUGGUUUUGUGGCGCUCCGGAACGUGGUCCGACACACAGAGAGCCAAUUUCAUCUCCGGCAGUUUUCUGAAGCUCUGACGUCCCGGCCACACCUUGAAACAUCCUUACACUUCCCAGACAAUAUGUAAUACUAUGCAUCACAACAUAUCGUCCAUGAGAUAUUUCCUUCCCCCGAUUGAGAAUUCAAGAGAAAAAUGUUUGAACAUAUUUAUUUUUAUAUUUCAUGCACAUUAUAUUCACAUUGUAUUCUUGUUUUUGUAGCGUUGUCAUAAAUAAAAUGUAUAUAACAGA